AUGUUAGAUGUUGAUAUUCAAUGGGGAUCAGUUGGUAAUAUGAAUGCGACAUCUGUUAGCAAUUUUCAUGCAUUGACGUACAAUCUAGGGAGUACAGAAGCUGAAGAAACUAGUAUUAAUGAGAGUUCCACUGGAGAAUUACAAAAUGUUUUGGGCAAUAACCUUAAUCUUUGUUCGCCUAAAAAAAUGCACAAUGUCAAAGAAAAAAGGCAAGCAAUCUGUCAGUCGAGUCCAUCAGAAGCAUCGAAACAAAAUGUUGCAACUAACAUUGUCGAUAAACCGAAUAAUGGACCGUGGAAUUUAGUUAAAGUUCGUGUAGGCUUUGAUGUUACACGUAAAGGUGAAAGAAGUUUAGUUAUCAACGGGUAUAAAUUUACAAAAUCAAGAGAUGGAAUGGGUGAUCGUGUGUUCUGGCGAUGCUCUCGUCGUGAAUGCAAAGCUACAGCAGUUACUGUAUCAAAUAAAGUAGAGCAUAUACGAUCGAUUCAUUCGCAUUUGCCGCCAGUAGCUGCGGAAUUUUUUUCCAAUGAUUCUUCACGUUAUGAACAAGAAGUACGAUUUAAUAAUUUGGUUUAUACUCAACGUUCCCGUAUCCGUAGGCGUAAACAAUUGAAUCCUUCUGUCAAAUUAUCAAAACAAUCAAUAACUAAACCUUGUUUUCUUGAACAAACGAAAGAAAUAUUCUGCCCAACUUCAUCAACUGUAACAUCAAAUUCAGCUUCGUAUAAGGAAUAUUCUUCAACUCCAAGAAAUAUGAAUAGUUCAAAUGAUAUGUGUUUUGAUGCAAGUGAAUAUACAUCUCCAAUGAAGAAACAACAUUGUUCCGAUGAAGUUUUAUCUAAUUAUUUAACUUUACAAACAAUUUCUACUCUUUUAAAUAAAUGGGUUGAUUCGAAACAAGUGAACAUUGAAAAUGGCGAGGUGAAAAAUCACCUUUCAAAUAUUUCAAAAUCCAUUUUAUCUUCAAAGAAAUUGUCAAAUACUAAUCUCUUGAUUAAUGAAAAUGAUAAAUUAUUCCAGAAUAAUUCAAUUUCAAAUGUAAAUAGUUCUUCAAAUCCAACUCUCAAUAAUGUUCAUGAGGAUACCUUAUCAAAAGUAUCGAAAUUGGAAAGUUUCAAAACAAUAAAUACCUUGGUUACUUCAUCAAAUAAUAUUUAUACUCAUAAUUCACAAAAUGAUUCAAUGAGAAUUAAACAAACAUCUCAAUUCAUCACACAAAACGAUCCUUCUAAUGAAGACGAGAAUAAUCGAAACUUUACUUCAUUAAAAAAUUCUAUCAUUAAUAAUUUAUCCAAAACUCAUCAAUCUGAGUUGAAACAAUUCAUCACAAAUUCCUCUUCAAUCGAUGUUAGUUCUUUUGAAAAUAACACUCAACGACAACUUAUUCCCCUUAAUAAUGAACAAUUGAACGAAUUAUUAAAAAUAAUCAACCAGAUGAACAGUAUUCCAAUUCGAAGCGAAUCUAUGAGUUCACCUUCACUAGUAUCAAGUUCAGUCAAUAAUACUUUGAUCAGCUCUAGUGAGUUGUUAACACUUCCUUAUUCUCAUGUAGCUGGAGGUUUAGCACAAUGCACUACUACUUAUUGCUGUUCCCAUUAUCCAAGAAUUAAUAGUAGAGUUGUGAAUCAUAACAAUGAUUGUUGUAUAUCAUCGUUUCAUCAUAUUUGUUGUAGUUCUACAAAUCCAAUUUUAAAUCCAUCAAUUAAUUCUUCUGUAAAUAAUUAUCCAAGUAAUUUAUUCAGUACAAUGUCCAAGUCUGUGACAGUCAAUGGAAGUGAUGUUGGUGGUUGUGAGAAAAUACGUGAAUCUGUUGAAGAAGGUGGAAUCAAUUCAUUAAAUGAAUUAUAUGAUAAUAAUGGUACAUUUCCACAUCGACAUUAUCAAAAUAAAAAUCAUGGUAACACCUUGAAAAAAAUAGAGGAUGAUCGAAUAUCCGUUAAUAAUACUUCUUUGACGAAUUGUUCAUCGCAAAUUAUUUAUCAUGGUAUAAGCAAUACAUUUUCAGAUUACAGUUCAUUCAGUCCAUCUUCUAGGAUUACAUAUACAACUAAUAGUUAUGCUAGCAGUAGUAGCACACAUGGUUUAAUUCCAGGUCAAUCUCAAGAAAUGACCAUUCAAUCAUCAAACGAUGAUCAGCUUUUAUCUAAUCAAAUUCAAGAUGGUAUUCUCAUGAAAAUACUGAAUACUAUACAACAGUUAACAGCUAAACUUGAUGCACACGUUGAUCCUCCUGAAGUAAUUCAAAAUUGUCGAGCUAUUCAAGCGUGUCUAGAUACAAUAACUGCUAUAAGGAGAGCCAAAUCAAAUCAGAUCAAUAUCGAUAAACCAAACGAAUCAUAUUCAACUACUAAGCAUACAGAUUCAAAUGAUAAUCUACAAUACAGAGAAUGCACUUCCAAGCUUCAAGAAAAUUCUCAACUUUUGUUGCCUAACUUUAUUCAAUCCUAA